ACUUUCAAGGAAAAGCCAGACCCCAGUGGCCUUGUGUUUGGAACCGUCUUCUCAGACAACAUGCUGUUUAUAGAAUGGUCCUCAGAUUCAGGAUGGAAGAAACCUCAUAUUAAGCCUCUGGAGAACCUCUCCGUCCAUCCUGCCAUAUCAGCCUUUCACUAUGCUGUAGAACCAAGAGGACUGACAGAGGCGAAACUGCUCCACAUGCUGUGGCUCAAUGAAUACACACUGUUUGAAGGCAUGAAGGCGUACCGAGGAGUGGACGGCAAAAUCCGCCUCUUCCGACCCAGGCUGAACAUGGACCGGAUGCUGCGGUCGGCUAUACGGGCCACUUUGCCGGAAUUUGACAAAGAAGAGCUUUUGGAGUGUAUCCGGAAACUCGUGGAAGUGGAAAAGGAGUGGGUGCCAUAUUCAGCGUCGGCUAGCUUGUAUAUCCGCCCUACUUUGAUUGGAACAGAGCCAUCCCUUGGAGUCAAGAAGCCAUCCAGUGCCCUCUUGUACGUGAUCCUAAGCCCCGUGGGUCCGUACUUCUCAACCGGAACCUUUAAUCCCAUAUCCUUGUGGGCGGAUCCGAAAUACGUCAGGGCCUGGAAAGGAGGAACAGGGGACUGCAAACUGGGAGGGAACUAUGGAUCUUCUAUCUAUGCCCAGCGUGAAGCUAUGGAGUUAGGGUGUCAGCAGGUUCUCUGGCUCUAUGGGGAAGACCAUCAAAUCACAGAAGUUGGGACCAUGAAUCUCUUCCUGCAUUGGAAGAAUGAAAAUGGAGUGGAGGAGCUGGCAACCCCACCACUAGACGGCAUCAUUCUCCCUGGUGUGACAAGGCAGAGUAUUUUGGACCUGGCACACAAGUGGGGAGAAUUUAAAGUAUCAGAGCGAUACAUCACCAUGAGCGAUUUGAAAGCUGCCUUGAAAGACCGCAGGGUGAAGGAGAUGUUUGGUGCUGGAACAGCUUGUGUUGUGUGUCCUGUUUCAACAAUAUUGUAUCAGGGCGAGAAUUUGCACAUUCCAACCAUGGAGAACGGACCUAAGAUAGCUACCCGUUUUAUGAAACAGCUGACCGAUAUCCAAUACGGCAGAGAAGCCAGCGAGUGGACAGUCGUAGUGUCCUGA